AUGGCCGAAUUCUAUGUGCGUGCGGGGCGCGCGCUGCAGGACAUCCUCGCGAAGCGCGGUUCCAUCAAGGCGAUCACCGCGCAGGCGGAUGAUCGGAAGGAAGAUGCGCGUGCGGCAGGAAAUGCAAAGCGCAUCCUCGCGCUGGUCGUCAACACACUGUCGUUCCGCGCGACUCUGCAGCCGAUCCUCACCAAGGUCGAUGUCGUAGGCCGCGAAAAGUGGUUUGGCAGCGCAAGUCCUUUGAAUCGAACCAAGGGAGCACUAUCUCCUCCGGCGCCGACGCUCGCCUCGUGCAUAUUGCUGGUCCUGACCCACGACCUGUUGUUUGCGUCGCGUGGCAUCCAGGCGGCCAAGGCGUGGCCGCCGCGCGUUGCGCUCGAAAAGUACAAGUCGCAGCUGCACGCGGAACUCGUGCGUGUGCAACUACGUAUGGGAAAGAGCCGUCCAGAAGAACUGCGGAGCGGCGCAGAGGAGCGGCGCAUCGCCGGCCGCAUCCCGCGCUGGUGCCGCGUCAAUACGCUCAAGACCUCGGCUGAGGACGCUGUUGCACACCUCGAAGAGCAGGGGUGGAGCUUGCUCGAGGGAGACACGAUUUACAAAGAUACCCAGUUCCUCCGCUCGAAGCACGUCGAGAAUGUGCUCGCAUUUCAUCCCCACGCGACAUCGCGCCUGAUGAAGACGGAGCUCUUCCGGAACGGCGCUUUGAUCCUGCAAGAUCUGGCGAGUUGCUUCCCUGCCGCCGUGCUGGAUCCCCUGCAUGAUGGGCCCAAGGAUACGACGGCGAUGGACGCGACAUCCGCGCCGGGCAACAAGACGAGCCACCUGAGCGCGCUCAUGCAAGGCCGCGGCAAGCUCACCGCGCUGGAGCGCGCGCCGAAUCGGUACGCGACGCUUGUCCGCCUGCUUGGCCGCGCAGGAUGUCUUGCGCGCGAGCACGGCAAUGUCCAUCCAAAAAAAACCGACUUUCUGUCGCUCGACCCGGCAGAGCACGACGCGGUGCAGUACAUGCUUCUGGACCCCUCGUGCUCGGGCAGCGGUAUCGUCAACCGUCUCGAUUAUCUGUCCGGCAACGACGACGAGCAGGACAAUCUCGAGGACGUCGACCCUGCCGAAAAAGGCCAGGCGCUUGCCGCGCGUCUCGCAAACUUGGCGGGCCUCCAAACCAAUAUGAUCCGGCACGCCAUGACCUUUCCGGGCCUGACGCGUUUUACCUAUUCUACGUGCUCGAUCCACGAAGAAGAGAACGAGGCCGUGGUGCAAAAGGUCUUGGAGUCUGACGAGGCCAAGGCCGGGCGGUGGCGCCUCGUGCCCCGGGACCGCGUCCUCCCUUCGUGGCCGGAGCGAGGGCGCCCAGACGCCUGCGGUGGUGACGAGGCGAUGGCCGCGGCCAUGGUGCGGUGCACACCGGGCGGCCUGAUCGACCUGCCCGAAGGCACUGUGCAUGCGAAUGCGACCAAUGGCUUCUUUGUGUGCUGCUUUGAGCGCGAGCCGAAGCGCACCGCGUCCGAGGACGGCACACAGAAGAAGAAGAAGAAAAAGAGGAAGUAG